AUGACGGAUAAUAAACAAUCCUCAAUACCUUCUUCCCCACCUAUUGUGGUACCAACAACUACAACAGAUAUUAAUUCAUUUACAUCUUCUCCAACCUCAACACAAGGUUCAAUGACACCAAACCCAAAUGUUAUUAUACCAACACAACCACCAACACAACCAAUAACUCAAUCAAAUUCAACAUCUACUCCUUCUUCUUCUUCUUCAUCUUCAAAUAAAACAUUUGAAUCAAUAUUAGAAUCAUGGAAAUUAUUUAAUAUUGAUAAAAAAAAGAAUGAAUUUGGUGAUAAUGUAACACAAAUUGGUGCAUUAAAAGAAGAUUGUCUAAAGAGUAGAAAAGUAUUAGCAAAACAAACACAAGAUUUUAAAAAGUUUACAGAUGAUGAAAAGAUUAAACAAUUUGGAUCACUUUUAAAACUUUAUCAAGAUGAAGUUGAUAAACUCACCAAACGUAGUAAAUUCACCGAGACAGUAUUCCUUGGUAUGUAUAAGGAUUUGAAUGAGAUAUCAGAUCCUGUACCUGCAUUGAGUGCAGCAUUGGAGGAAUGCUCAAAAGUUGAUCAAACCACUAAAUUAGAGAUAGAGAAUAGAAAAUUACAAAUGCAGCUAACCGAUUUCAAAAAGGAGUUUCAAGAGAUUCAAAAUCAAGAAGUCACAAUCCGAAGAUUGGAAGAUAAAAUCAAAGAGAUGAAUUCCGAGCGUUCCGAAUUCAUUUCAAUGGAUAAAUUGAAUUUAAAAGAACAAGAGUUGAAACAAGAAUUUCAACAACAGCUACAAGCUUCGAAACAACGUGAACAACAAUUACAAAAACAAAAUGACCAAUUACAAGAUGAACUUACCAAAAUCUCCAUUACAAAUAAUCAAAUUCAAAAUCAACUAUUGGAUAUUAAAACCAAAUACGAGGAUGAAUUGCAAUCUAAACAUUCAGAGAUUGAAAUGCUAACUGUUGAAUUCGAUAGAGUUCAAUCUAAACUCACCACACUUCAACGUGAGAAUCUAUCAAUUCGUGAGGAAUCAAUGGUUGAAAAGAAUUCCCUAACACCAAUGGUUAAAAGAGUAGCCGAUUUAGAGUUGGAAAUGUUACAAAAAGAAACUGAAACCUCUAAAUUGGUCGACCAAAUUCAAGAGUUAAAAACUCACAUUUCAACACAACAAGAUGAGAAAUCAAAUCUUUCAAGACUUUAUGAAAUUGAAAAGGAAAAAGUUGAAAAACUUGAUAAAUACAUUCAAAAUAAUCCAUCACCUUCUGAGGUUGAAUUAAUUAAAAAAGAACUAUUAACCUUAAAAGCAAUUGUUGAUCAAGAUGAAAUUAAUAAAGCAAUAAUUGAUCAAGAAAAAGAUAAUAAUCAAAAUAAUACUACUAAUAACACUGGUGGUGGUAGUGAUAAACUAUUAAAAGAUAAAAAUAGACAAUUAGAAAAUGAAUGUACACGUUUACGUCUUUUAACAAAUACACAAGAAUCUGAAUUAAUUGAAAAGAAUUUAGCAAUUGAUGAAUUACAAAAAGUUAAAGAUGAACAAUUAUUAUUAAUUCAAAGAUUAGAAGAAGAUUUAUCAAAUGGUGGUGUUAUUAAUGGUUUAAAUUCAAAUGGUAAUGCUGGUUCUUUAGUUUAUCAACAACAACAACAACAACAACAACACCAUCAUCAUUUAAAUCAUCAUCAUCAUCAUAACUCAUUAUCAUCAUCACAAUUACAAUCAUCAAAUAAAGAUAUAAUGGAUAUUUCUGACCUUUUACCUACAAAUACAACAAACAAUACAACAAUUAAUACAUCACUAUCAUCAUCAUCAUCAUCAAAUAAUAACUCACCAUUAAAUAUUGGUACUAAUAAUAAUAAUAACAGUGUAAAUACAUUAAUAAGAUCAUCAAAUGAAUCAUUUUCAAAUUCACCUCAACAAGUUGGUGCUGGUAAUAUUGUACAAUCAAAAGAUGACAAAAUGUUAGAUAUUGUAAUAAGUCAACGUGAUAGAUUUAAAACAAAGAUUGUAGAAUUAGAGAGUGAUAAAAGUAAACUUGAAAAACAACUAGAUUCAUGUCGUCAAGAAUUAUCAUCAUUAAAAACUGAUAAUAUUAAAUUAUAUGAAAAAAUUAGAUUUUUACAAAGUUAUGAUAAAAAUAAAUCAGGUGGUGGUGGCAUCAACAAUGCCAAUAAAGAAAUUCAUAGUAAAAGAAAUAAUAGUGGUUUUGAAAAAUCAUAUGAUGUUGAAAGAGGUUUAGAUAUUCCUUCCUCUUCCUCAUCAUCAUCAUCUCAAGGUGGACCUGAAACUGAAGAGAAAUAUGGUAAACUUUAUGAAGAAUCAAUAAAUCCAUUUUUAUCAUUCAAUAAAAAAGAGAAAUAUCGAAGAUAUAGAGAGAUGAAUACAGCUGAAAGGGUGAUUUUAAAUGGUUCAAGAUUUUUCCUAUCAAAUAAAUACAGUCGUCUAUUCCUUUUCAUAUAUUCUGUCCUACUUCAUCUUAUGGUAUUUCUUACACUCUAUAGAUUAGCAACAAUCACAACUGAACAACACGAAAUGGGUUUUGGUAAUAUACAUCAAACUCCUCCACUACCUCAAAAAGAUAUUGUUGAUAGUAUAAUAGAACAAUAA